UUUUUUAGUCAACAAAAGUCGUUCCACCAGUGCAUGAAUCAGAUUUUAUCACUUCAUAUUGGUCAAGCAGGAAUCCAAGUCGGUAGUGCUUGCUGGGAGUUGUUAACCUAUGAGCAGGGCUUACGCCCUGAUGGUGGCAUUGCAGAUACCAUCGUCGAUUUCAACCAACAAUGCCCACCCGAAGAGGACUACUCCUGGUCAACGUUUUUCGAAUUCAACCCAUCGAAUAAAUACACCCCAAGGGCUAUCUUAAUCGAUCUAGAACCAACACUAAUAGAUGAAAUCCGAAACAACAGUCUUAAAGAGUUAUUCAGACCGGAUUGCAUGGUCACCGGUAAAGAAGACGCUGCGAGUAAUUUUGGUCGAGGAAUGUACACAAUUGGGCGCGAAUUUUCCAGUAAAAUUUUAAACGUUAUACGGAAACAAGUCGAGCUAUGUCACAAUUUGAGUGGAUUUUUUAUUUAUCACUCAAUGGCUGGAGGUACCGGAUCUGGAUUGGCCACUUUACUGAUACAAGAACUUGCUCAUGAAUAUCCUCGUCUGCAUAAACAAGAAGUGGUUGUGUAUCCUUGUCCCAGGCUCUCCACCGCAGUAGUCGAUCCUUACAACGCAGUUCUUUCCACCGACGGUACCUUAGAAUCGAGCGAUUGCGCAUUCAUGAUGGACAACGAAGCUUUAUACGACAUCAGCACCAAUCACCUAGACAUCGAAGGUCCAACUUACACCCAUCUGAAUCAAAUCAUAGCUCAGGUCAUUUCAUCGGUCACAGCUUCGUUACGAUUUCAAGGCUCGAUCAACAUAAACAUAUCGGAAUUUCGUACCAAUCUCGUACCCUAUCCUCGAAUCCAUUUCCCACUGCUGACAUACGCACCCUUGUACUCCACCUAUAAAGCUCUGCAUCGCACCGUUAGCAUGGUCCAGAUAACUCGACAAUGUUUCCAGCCAACUCACCAGCUCCUAAAAUGCGACCCUAGUAAAGGGAAGUACAUGGCCAUAUGCAUGAUGUACAGAGGUAUCAUCAAACCUAAAGAAAUCGCUCAAACCGUACAGGAGAUCAAAGACAGCAGCGUGCAAUUCGUUAAUUGGUGCCCGAGCGGAUUUAAAAUAGGUAUAAAUUACCAACCACCUGUCACCGUACCUGGAAGUGAUUUCAGCGUGGAAUCCGCAGCCGCCGUUUCGAUCGCCAAUACUACAUCGAUCGGCGAAACGUGGGCUAGGGUUAAUUAUAAAUUCGAUUUGUUGUUCUCGAAAAGAGCCUACGUUCAUUGGUAUCUGGCAGAAGGUAUGGACGAACAGGAUUUCGUCGAAGCUCGAGAAAAUCUAGCUGCUUUAGAGCAGGAUUAUAUCGAAUGCGAGAACGAUUCGUUCAAACCGAAAGACCAAUCUGAAGAUAGUCGUUCGAAGAAAGCUACUUUUAAAACAGUUUCAUCCAAUAAGGUGACUACUGGUGGAGCUGCAGAUCCAAGCAAUGAUACAUCCGGUGGUCAACCAGUCAGCCCAAUUUCAAUCUCAGGCAAAUCUUCACCUAGCACUGGUUAAAAAGGAUAACUCCAACUCGAAAGACAACGAUGAGGCCUUCGACACCUCAUGUAACAACACCUUCACCACCACCACCACAAUAUCUAAAAGAAUCAUCAAUAUUAUAGGUAAAAUUGUACGAAUAUCAUAUCAAAGUCAACCAUAUGUAAUCCAAUAUAAGUAAUUUCUUCGAA